AAACAAAAGAUGCUAUUCUCUGGAAGAAUAAAGAUCUAGUAAAAGAUCUAGAAGAAGAAUAUAGGUAUGCAACUAAUCAAGCACUAAACUUAGACAGAAAAGAUUUUGAAGCAAUACAAGAACAAAUAGAACUAUGUGAAAGUAAACCAUUACAAGAACAAUAUCAAGCAAAAUAUAGAGAACUAUUGGGAGUAUCUCUAAAAAACCUAGAUAAAAUGCAUGAUGUAGAAGACGAAGAAGAACGAAUGUUCCAAGAACAACAACAAGCCAGAAGACAAGGCUUAGAAUUACCAAAAACAUUACCACCAAAAUAUCCAUAUUCCGAAAAAUAUAAGCCAACAGUAAAUGAACCACGAGAAACAGAACAAAUAGCAGAUAGAUGGCUACUAGAUGAUAACUUUGGAAGAACAUUAGAAUAG